CUUCUUUCACACCCUCAACAUGCGCCUUUGAAGGCUGGAAAAAUGGUCAUUUUGACUUCAGUUCGAAAGUCACCAGCUUAUUUAUAUGCAAAAACAUAUUGUCUUUGCUCAUUGGUCUCUCUCGUCCAAGCGACGCCUGUUUCAUCGAGGGUACGUGUAACUCAUACAAGAACACGUUUUCGGAACGGCCGAGUUGUGGUUUCGUUUCCUACAAUACAAGAGAAGAGCGAUACAAAUUCUCGUCAUUUAGCGACUUCACCAGCAAAAAUCUCAUUUUCUCAGAAAACUAGGGGUAUCGUUGAAAGAUGGUAUCAAAGAGCUGUCGACUUGGCAUCUGUCAAGACACUCCUGCAGAGGGACGAGACGGACUUCGCAACAUACCCUGAGCUCAAAUGGGAUGCUCAUGUCCGACAUGGCUCCUCUCUACAUCAUGAAGAACAAAAGUUCAUUGGGCUUCGGAAGUUGAGAAUUUCAUCACAAGGAGAAGAUUCGUUACAUCGCUUCCUAGACCUCUCACCUGAUGAGAAGGUUGACCUCAGAGAUGUGCCGCUCAUCGCGCUGGGCGGCUCAGGUGGGGGUUACAAGGUGAUGUACGGCUUUGUCGGGUUCAUUUCAGCUGCCAAGAAGCAUGGACUAUGGGAUUGUAUUACCUGGACUGCCGGCGUUAGUGGAAGUUGCUGGACUCUUGCGGCUUACUAUACCAUCGCUCGACAUGACAUACAACGGUUGAUCGAUCAUUAUCUCACAGUGGCUAGUGAGCUUGCGCACCCCAUGAGUAUCCACGCCCUGAAUAUGGUUGCACGAAGCAAGAGAGGCGUCUACUUUCUGAUAGGCCCUCUGGUCAGUAAAGCGCAGAAGAGCAUCAUUGGGCUGGGAAUCAUGGAUCUUUACUCGACUCUUACGGCAACAUAUCAACUCCUGUCAAGAGAGCCAAAGGGAAGACUGAGCAGAGCGACAUUUCAGUGGUCCAAGAUCUGGCAUCGAUCGGGUAUCGAUAAGGGACUGGAGCCAAUGCCGCUUCUCGCAGCCGUGAGGCGCGUGCCGAAGUAUUCAUAUGAGCCAAAGACAAUCUCCGCCAAGGCCAGGGAUGUCAAGAAACAGCCAACAUCUCGACAGCUUGACACCGUCGAAGGAAAUGAUCAAGCAAAUUCAACAGUAUCUCCGAACAGACGGUCUAAGAAGCUCUUCCAGUAUUUCGAAAUCUCACCUCUCGAAGUCGGUAGUCCGGACCUCAACCGUUACGUCCCAACUUGGGCAUGGGGGCGAACCUUCAUUUCUGGGUAUUCCGUGGAUCGUCGUCCUGAGCAGUCCUUCUCGCUCUUGCUGGGCCAGUGUACCAGUGCUCCAGCGGGCCCUUUGGCAGAGUGCAUCAAAGCUCUCUUGGUCACUAUACCCAAGAACACAAUGGUGGCACGCUUGGUCACCCUCUUCAACAACCUACUUCAGUCGAAGCACUUUGAGGGCUUUUGGGGAAAUCCGAUUCGUGCGGGCCACGACCCGAAUCCUUUUUAUGGACUUGAAAGACCUGCAGGGAUGCGAGAGCACACCUCGGAGCACUCUAUGUACCUGUCGCGGGUGUCUCAUCGGCAUCAAAGAGGGAUGCACAGCAGCGACAAAUCCGUUUCCGAUCCUGUAGCCUUGCAGUCGCAUUCAUUCCCACCGUGGGAAGCACAAGGACGUACAAGGCUCAUGGACUCAGGCAUGGCGAAUAAUCUUCCCAAUCAUAUCCUCGCUCGGCCAGAACGGGGUGUCGACGUUUUCCUAUCUUUCGAUGCAUCUUCAGAUAUCCACACCGGAGCAGCUGUUCAGCGGCUUCACCACUUCGCCGCCGACUUUGACAUUGAGCUGAGAGAUGUGACACGGGAGUUCCACAACCCACAGCGGAAUAAAGCCUUAUCUUCAAGUCACGCGUCGGAAGUCGAAUCUCGAUACAUAGAUCACUACGCCAGGGUCUUCUAUGGAAGAAGACAGAGUGGGCAAGAUAUGUACAUUAUUUACUGCCCGCUCCUGCCGAAUGCCUUGAACCCGGAUUACAACCCUACGACUGCGUCGUUUUCGACAUCGACGAAUCUCAUGUGGACGCCUGAUCAGGUUAAAAGCGUUCUUACAACGUCAGAAACGAACGUUUCACAUUAUGCUAUCGAUACCAUUAAACGUGUGAUGAGAAAGGUUUACGAAGAUAAAAAGGCGUAUAGACUCGCUUGAAAAGUUAGAUUAGACUAUAGACUUUGCUGGGACUAUUAUGUACUGUAGACAGACGCACCAUCAGGCAUCUUGUUCCAAGCUUAAGCGCUGACUCCUGGUGUCUCGCCAAUAACAGUCAAGAACUUCUGAGCUCGUGUCUUGCCCUCCUUCAAACCCUUCA